CAAAGCUGCCAAAAUGUCGUACAUGCUUCCUCAUUUGCACAAUGGCUGGCAGGUCGACCAGGCAAUCUUGUCUGAGGAAGACAGAGUUUUAGUUAUACGUUUUGGCCAUGACUGGGAUCCAACUUGUAUGAAGAUGGAUGAAGUUUUGUACAGUAUAGCUGAAAAGGUUAAAAACUUUGCUGUUAUUUAUCUUGUGGAUAUCACAGAAGUUCCAGACUUCAACAAGAUGUAUGAGUUGUAUGACCCUUGUACAGUGAUGUUUUUCUUCAGAAAUAAGCACAUCAUGAUUGAUUUGGGCACUGGAAACAACAACAAGAUAAACUGGGCAAUGGAAGACAAGCAAGAAAUGAUUGAUAUUGUAGAAACAGUUUACAGGGGAGCACGAAAAGGCAGAGGUCUGGUAGUAUCUCCAAAGGACUAUUCUACCAAGUACAGAUACUGAUGUGUUUUACGAUGUUUCAAGCAGCGUCGGAUUUUCGUGGUUUUUUUUUUUUUUUUGUAUGUAAACUGUAAAUCCUUUGUACAGUAGUAUAUUUGAUAAACUUGAGCAAUUGUAUUGUCA